AUGAAAGAGAGUAGAGACGGAAUCAGAAGCGGUAGACAUUCAAAAUCUUCAUCUGUUAGCUCACUUCCACUCAUCUUGGACAUAGACGACUUUAAGGGGGAGUUUUCAUUUGAUGCAUUGUUUGGGAACCUGGUAAAUGAUCUUCUCCCAUCUUUUCAAGAAGAAGAAACAGAUAUAUCUGAAGGUCAUAGCAACAUCAGUGGGAACGAUGGUUUGUCAAAUGGACAUAUGCGAGCACCAUCGGAUGCAGCAAAGUUUGCGCAAGGACUGUCAGACCCUCUAUUUCCAGAAGUAGAUAAGAUCUUAUCUCUGUUCAAGGAUUCUUGCAAAGAGUUGGUUGAUCUCCAGAAACAGAUUGAUGGAAGACUCAACAAUCUUAAGAAGGAGGUUUCUGUACAAGACUCUAAGCACCGCAAGACACUUGCUGAGCUUGAAAAAGGAGUAGACGGCUUGUUUGGUAGCUUUGCCAGGUUGGAUUCUCGUAUAUCAAGUGUUGGACAGACUGCUGCAAAAAUAGGAGAUCAUCUGCAGAGUGCAGAUGCUCAGCGGGAUACUGCUAGUCAAACGAUAGAGCUCAUAAAGUACUUGAUGGAGUUUAAUAGCAGCCCAGGCGAUCUAAUGGAACUUUCACCCCUAUUUUCCGAUGAUAGUCGUGUUGCAGAGGCUGCUAAAAUUGCACAGAAACUGCGGGCAUUUGCUGAGGAAGAUAUUGGAAGACAAGGUAUAGCUGUACCAUCAGUUAUGGGCAAUGCAACAGCUAGCAGAGGAUUAGAAGUUGCAGUUGCUAAUCUUCAGGACUACUGCAAUGAAUUGGAGAACAGAUUGCUAGCUCGUUUUGAUGCUGCAUCACAGAGAAGAGAAUUGUCAACCAUGGCAGAAUGUGCUAAAAUUUUAUCUCAGUUUAACAGGGGCACUAGUGCCAUGCAACAUUAUGUGGCAACACGUCCAAUGUUUAUUGACGUGGAAGUCAUGAAUGCAGAUACCAGAUUGGUUCUUGGUGAUGAGGGUUCACAGGCUAGUCCUAGCAAUGUUGCUCGUGGACUUUCUUCUUUAUAUAAAGAAAUCACAGAUACUGUGCGCAAGGAAGCUGCAACAAUUAUGGCUGUAUUCCCUUCUCCUAAUGAAGUUAUGUCAAUCUUAGUUCAGCGAGUUUUAGAGCAGAGAGUUACUGCUCUACUUGACAAAUUAUUAGUUAAGCCAUCUCUGGUGAAUAUACCUCCUAUAGAAGAAGGCGGACUUCUACUAUAUCUUAGAAUGCUAGCAGUGGCGUAUGAGAAGACACAAGAACUUGCUAGAGACCUACGAGCUGUGGGAUGUGGUGACUUGGAUGUCGAGGGCCUCACAGAGUCUCUAUUUUCUUCUCACAAGGAUGGAUAUCCUGAACAUGAGCAGGGAUCUCUUAGACAACUAUAUCAAGCUAAGAUGGCAGAACUACGUGCUGAAAGCCAGCAAAUAUCUGAAUCAAGUGGAACAAUUGGGCGUUCAAAAGGGGCUGCAGUAGCAUCUUCCCACCAGCAAAUAUCUGUCACUGUUGUGACAGAGUUUGUCCGUUGGAAUGAAGAAGCAAUUACCAGAUGCACAUUGUUUUCAUCUCAACCUGCAACCCUUGCAGCAAAUGUGAAAGCAGUCUUCACUUCCCUGCUAGACCAAGUCAGUCAAUAUAUAACAGAAGGUCUUGAACGAGCAAGAGACAGCCUGACUGAAGCUGCAGCUUUGAGAGAAAGAUUUGUGCUGGGCACUAGCGUUAGUAGAAGGGUAGCUGCUGCUGCUGCUUCUGCUGCAGAAGCUGCUGCCGCCGCUGGUGAAAGCAGUUUCAGAUCUUUCAUGGUUGCUGUACAACGCUGCGGUAGUAGUGUGGCUAUAGUUCAGCAAUAUUUUUCAAAUUCUAUAUCUCGGCUUCUACUCCCUGUCGAUGGUGCACAUGCUGCUUCAUGUGAAGAAAUGGCAACGGCUAUGUCCAGUGCAGAGAGUGCUGCAUAUAAGGGGCUUCAACAGUGUAUUGAAACUGUGAUGGCGGAGGUGGAGCGGUUACUUUCUGCUGAACAGAAGGCAACAGAUUAUAGAUCACCUGAAGAUGGAUUUGCUCCUGAUCACCGGCCAACAACUGCCUGUACAAGAGUUGUAGCGUAUCUUUCUCGUGUAUUAGAAUCAGCAUUCACAGCACUUGAAGGUCUUAACAAACAAGCCUUUCUGACUGAAUUAGGAAACCGCUUGCACAAAGGGCUGCUAAAUCAUUGGCAGAAGUUCACUUUUAAUCCCAGUGGAGGACUGCGGCUGAAGCGUGACAUUACUGAAUAUGGAGAAUUUGUGCGUAGUUUCAAUGCUCCUUCCGUUGAUGAAAAAUUUGAAUUGCUGGGCAUAAUGGCCAAUGUGUUUAUUGUUGCUCCUGAAAGCCUCUCAACUCUGUUUGAGGGUACCCCCAGCAUACGGAAAGAUGCACAGAGGUUUAUUGAGCUUAGAGAGGACUACAAGAGCGCAAAGAUUGCUGCCAGACUUAGUUCCUUGUGGACAAGUUCCAGUUGA